GUUACUGUUCUCAUGCUGUCUCGACGUCAUAAAGAGAUAUUUGGGGAAUUAAUAUUUGGCCGUUACCCAAGAAAGAGAUGUAUUUCGAAAACCUAUUUAGACAUGUUUGAAUUAUAAACCUAGCUCUCAGGCCCCAGUAUAAUAAGGUAUGAUCAAAAUAGAAAGAAAUUCCAUGUUUUUAUCUUGCAAGUUAAUUUGAACCGAGCCAUUUUAUAACCACUUCAAAAAAGUAAAGCAACAACGUACCACGCAUGAAAUUUUGAUCCACAGUUUGGCAAUAAAUGUCAGAAACAUUUUUAGAAGAAAACGGUAUUAGUAUUUUUUAUAUAUAUUGCUGUUUUUUUUACAGUUGAAGAAUAUUUGCAGAUGUGAUCAAAAUUAGCGUGGUGUACACAGUAAAAUGACGUACUAAAGAGUGCAGCAAUUGAUAGCGACGCGGAGAAAAUGUGGCGGAGGAAAGUUUUCCGAAUGAAAAUAACGAGCAACUGACGGCGAACAGUGAGCUAGCAACAACAGAGCCGCAAACAACACCAAUACCCAAAUCUAGUGAUGACAAAGAGAAAGGAAAAGAAAAGAGUUGCAGAUGGAGUUUCUUGGGAAAAAUUUUAAGGCACGUCGGAAACUGUUCAGAGACGUGAGAAAAAUUAUGGCUAAAAAAAUUGGGCCACAAGAUCUUGGUUUAGUUGAUUUAACUAUACCAGGGAAAAGCCUUAGUUAAGAGAUUUGCACGACUAUGAAGUGGAGCUUGCAUUACAGAAAAACAAAAAAAGACUGGUUCAUGCCGGGAUGUAAUUAUUCUGAUUUCAUCUCAGGAUAAAUGUCACGUGUAAACGCUUUUUGUUUCAUUCCGGAGCGACUUAUAUCCUGGGAUGAGAUUUCAUUCCGCCUGCGUGUAGACGUGGUCUUAGUUUCUGAGUUGCCGGAUAAUUGGAAAAUUCUGUAAGUGAAAUCAUUUUUAUGGUCCCUGAAACCAAAUUACACUCUCGUAACUGGAGCUUUCGCUCGAUUUUCAAAACAAAUUCCGAAUUCGAACUUAUUUUCGACAUAUUAUUCACGCAUUUUUUAAAACUAACACAUGACGACACAUUACAGCUAAUUUACAGCUAUUUGAAAAAUAACUGACAAAUCACUUAAAACAAGUGUUUAUUCAUUUCUCUAAAAUUAUAAAGUUUUGUUCUAAGUGACUAUAAAAGUAACUUUUAUUAAAUGAACUUACUACAUCUAUUUUACACAUUCUGGAACAUUUUGCAUCUGUAUUUUUAGGGCUCUUAAAAUUUCCUCCCAGAACUGCAUUUAUUUUGACAGAAUUAAAUUGUUUGAACAAAAUUCGGAUAAGUGAUUUUUCAUUUUUUUCGGUUAUUAAGCGACUAAGCGGUAGAUAUCUACUUAAAAACUACUUAUUCCGUCAUCUCAUUCACUUCUUUUCUUAUUUUUUUUAGUACUGAAACGCCAGCGCAUUCUAGCUGUGGUUAAAAAUGUUGUGGCUAACAGUCUUUUUUUCGUAAACGCGAAAUAUUUACUUUUAGUGGGAAAGUUGGUAGACCAGACUCAGAAAAAUAGUAUAUUGUUGUAUGUUGUUAUAUGCAACAAUCUGUGAAUGUAACAUAGCUAGGCAUUUCAAUUCGCAUGUUUUCCAAUACAUUAAAAGAGUCAUAAAUGCGUUUAUGCUAGGAAUUGAAAAGUAUUUUUUUGGUCGAAUGCAGGAAUUAGAUGUUUAUAUUAUUCGAACUUUGGAAUAUUUCGUACUAACCGAAAUGUUGACGGAUGCGAGUCAUCAGUCACAAAAGCUCAUUGGAGAUUGUGUUACAUGAACCUUCAAGCUACUACAUUAACAAUAAACUUUUGUUGAAUAAUGUAGUCGGGCUACACGUUAGAACUUUAUUAUAUAUUUUUUCUUUAUCGUAUAAAUAGAGUGAAAUGCUAAUGUGGGUUUGUUUUAAUUCUAACAUCAAAAUAAAGAAGUAACCACAAGGAAGUGAUUAUAUAACUUAUUAUACAAUUAAUUAAUUAAUCAAUUAAUUAAUUAAUCAAUCAAUCAAUCGAUCGAUAGAUCAAUCAAUCGAUAAAUCAAUCAAUCGAUAAAGCUGUUUCUAUCCAAGUAACACGCACUCCGAACUACUCAAAGUUCACUUAUAGCGGAAUUAUGUUUUUGAAUCCUAGGAUCCUAAAGUGCGCUAAUUUCUGCUGACGUCAGCACGCCUAGAUUUCACGAUUUCUCGGACUUUUCCAGGAUAGGAAGCGGAUUGGUGCAUAAUGCAGACUUUUUGGAAAGUACCCCUAGGACAUUUUCGGUUACUCUGCCUACACGUCUGCCUAAGUACACCUUUUGACGCUCACUGGCUGCAGAGUACUAGCCAAGUAAUGCCGUUUAGACUUUUAGAGAACAAACAGCUUUUUGCAAAAACAAUAUGUCCGAAAUUGUUGAUACUUAAAUAAAUUCUGACGCCUACGACAUUUACCAGGUUCUGCAAUAAAACAUACUACUGUUUCUAAAGGGUUAACAACUUCCUUAUCAAAGCGCCAUCCAACACAUGGUUGGAAACAAUGAUCAAUCAUUAAAAAUAUAAUUUAAUUUGGUCAAAAUAUGUAAGCAAUUAUUUCCGAAGUUAUUGUUUAGUGUUAAAAAGCGUCUGGUUUGUACUUUAACAGCUUUAAGAUAUUUGUCAAAUUUAGUAUCAAAUCUGAGGUUUUCGUAAAAAUGCAUGAUUCUGGAACAUGAUCAAGACGAUAUAAAAUGAUUAUCUCUGUCCCUUGUUGAUUUUCAGAGGGUUGCCUUUGACACCGAUUAAAAUAAUUAAGUAUUGACAUUAAUUAAAUAGUUACAAAUUAACAUAUUUGAACCACCAAUGGCUUAGGUAAAUCAAACUGUUUGAAGUUGACAAUAAACGCUACAAACAUAGCGAACAAAAUGUUGCUUAAAAUUUUACUAUUUUUGUGUAUAAUUAUUAACGUGUGGUUGGUCAGUAUUGAUGCCAAACCAUGCAUUAAUUGUGCAUUUGUGAAAUGCAGUACGCCUCUUAACUGCAAAGGUAAGUGUAUCAGAAACUAACUGUUUUGUUUUAUUGUUACCAAUUUAAAAUGUUAUCCUGGAACGCGCUUUUCAUCUACUUAGUGUAAACUUCGUUAUUUCUUCUGGUAUAUUAUUUUGCGUUGAGACAUCAUAUCUUUUAUAUUAUUUUUUUCAUGGUAAAUGCUCACAGCCAUACCUUAGCUAACAAUAUUACCUUCCCAAUUUCUUUUAUAUUAUUUGGUAAGUCAAUUAUAAUAUUAUUACCACUUGGAAUCAUCGUAGCCUUAUGAAAUUUAUUUGUUACAUCAUUUAGCUGGUCUUGUGAAAGAUAGAUGUGGUUGUUGUGAUAAAUGCGCCAGAGUGAUGGGUGAAACAUGUGGUACAUAUUUUGGAAAGUGCAACCAGGGAUUAUUCUGUGUGAAAAAGUCAGGUCAAUUAAAACAAGGAGUGUGCGCUUGUGGACCAAAUUGUUUGAUCUAUUGCCCAUAUGGACGAAUUUUAGAUAAGAAUGGCUGCCCCACCUGUCGAUGUAAACCAAAAUCUUGUCCACCAGUGUGUGAUAAAUAUUGCCACUUCGGAAAGUUGCUAGAUAAAAAUGGAUGCCAAACUUGCGUCUGUCGACAGAAAGCAUGCCCACAAUUAUCUUGCAACGUAUUCUGUUUGUUUGGUGCUGAAACGGAUAUUAAUGGUUGUGAUACUUGUAAAUGCAAACCGAAAUGCAUGUCCUCCUGUGUGCAAUAUAUUUUGUCCCACUGGAAACGUAGUUGAUCAAAAUGGCUGCAAACGAUGCACAUGUAAAGCCAAAUUAUGCCUUAAAGGAUGCACAAAGUUUUGCCUUUUGGAAACGUUUAAGAUCAGGACGGAUGCCGUACUUGUCAAUGCCAAC